CAAGCAGUUAGGAUCAUACUAUAUAGAAGCUAAAUAACCAACUUCUUUUGCAACUUCUAUAUUAUUUGAAAAUAUCAUAUGAAAGUGCGGCAAUAAGUUCAGUCUUUGCCCUUGUCAAAGUGAGCUCAGUUUAUUUUUAUAUUUUGUUUUAUUUUUUUUUUUCAGUCGGGAAUCUAAAGCGCAAUAAUCUCUGUUCCGCUUGAAAUUCUCUGGUUAUUUUCCAUUCCGACUUGUUUGUGCGAAGCAGCACAACAACAGGCCACAAUCUCAUUUGUAUGCUCGACGAUAAGAAGCCUAGUUAGGCCAAACGAGCAAACAGGUAGCGCUGCGGCGGGAUGGGCCACGUGUAGCGUCAAAUGUGUCCCUGAAAUACCUAUAUGAUAUUCAUACAGGGUGCCGCAUCUGCGUGCUGUGGUUCAAAGUCUUCUAAGAUAAUUAAUGCCAAAACUUUGGAUUAGUUCUUAAGCUGCGCUUGUCCGAGCACAACCAUUUAUCCAGAGCUAUAAAGCUAUUGAGUGAGCGCAAUUUUUAAUUAGUAUUGGUAAUUUGUAUGGAAUGCACCAAUACCUGUGAAGAUUCUACUGCUCUCUUUGUCAAACUCUCAAAAACACGAACUCGCUAGCAGCUCACACGCACAGCGUUUGCUCGCGUAGAAACGAACCUCGCUGAGCGUAAACGUUUGCGUGUGUUGGUAAACGCAUGGAACUCACUAACACAGCCAAACACUGCGCCGCUCUCUCAGCUCUCGAAGCGUGUGGGAAUUGAGCGUAAAAUGUGCGUUGGUAUUGCGAUUUGUAUGGCGCUCACUAAUACUAUUAAAACAAAUGCUGCGCUCUGUUUUUUUCGGCUCUCUGUUUAUGUUUUGCUGCAGAUUGUUCCAUUUAAAGCGACUUUUGCUUCAGUUGAUUAUUGUGGUCUUUAGCUAAUUGGACAGGUUUUCAAGAAUUGACAAAGCUAUUGCCAUGGGGCAUUGAUUCUCUGCUCGAGUCCGGCUGAUAUGAGUAUAAAAGCGAGCAUUUGGCGCGAGUUUCGCUCAGAGAGCAGAACAGCAGCUAACUGAAGGUUAAACAGCUGAAACAUAAAUCUUUCUAUAAAAUAUAUAUAUAUAUAAUAUAUAUAAAUCCAAGUCAUGUCGCUGAUUUGUGUCGCCGACUUUGAGCAAAGGGCCAAGCAGCAGCUGGAACGAACUGCCUUGGACUUUUACAGAAAUGGCGCCGGGGAGCAGGUGACACUGGGCCAGAACCGUGAGGCCUACAAAAGAUUGCGUUUGCGUCCGCGUUGCCUACGCGAUGUUUCGCAGCUGGACACGAGCUGCAAGAUUCUGGGCCAGCAACUGAAUUGGCCACUGGGCAUUGCGCCGACGGCCAUGCAGAAGUUGGCCCAUCCGGACGGAGAAUUGGGCACGGCACGCGCCGCCGGCCAGGCUGGCUCCAUAUUCAUACUGAGCACGCUCUCCACCUGCUCCAUAGAGGAAGUGGCCGUGGCGGCGCCCGAGACCUGCAAAUGGUUUCAGCUCUAUAUCUACAAGGAUCGCUCGCUCACGGAGCAGCUGGUGCGCCGCGCGGAGCUGGCCCAGUUCAAGGCGCUCGUCCUGACCGUGGAUCUGCCCAUCAAUGGGGAUCGACGCGCGGAUGCACGCAAUCAGUUUAGCCUGCCGCCGCAUCUGAGACUGGCCAAUUUCCAGGACGAGCUCAUGCAGGGUUUCGUGUCCAAGUUAGGCGGCUCCGGCCUGAACGAGUAUGUGGCCAGCCAAUUCGAUCCGAGCAUCAGCUGGCAGGACAUCAAGUGGCUGCAGCAGCUCACACAGCUGCCCAUUGUCCUGAAGGGCAUUCUCACCGCGGAGGAUGCGCAACUGGCUCGCAAUUUCGGCUGCGCCGGCAUCAUUGUCUCCAAUCACGGCGGACGCCAGCUGGACACGGCGCCCGCCACGAUUGAGGCUCUGCCGGAGAUCGUGGCCGCCGUGGGCAAAGAUCUGUUGGUCAUGCUGGAUGGCGGCAUUAUGCAGGGCACUGACAUAUUCAAGGCCCUGGCCCUGGGCGCCCAAACAGUCUUCAUUGGCCGCCCGGCGCUGUGGGGCUUGGCUGCCAACGGGCAGCGCGGCGUGGAGCAACUGCUGCAGAUUAUGCGACACGAUCUGGAAAUCACCAUGAAGCUAGCCGGUUGCCCCACACUGCGCGAUAUACAGCCCUCCAUGGUGGUGCAUGAGUCCAGCUAUUCGCAACUUUAACUUAAGAUUAAGAGCUUAGUACAGAUCGAUUUAUAUUUUAUAAUUGUUUAUCGUUAAGCACAAAUAAAUUCCCAAACAGAAUUCAUUCAUAAA